CACACUAUGGCCGAGUCAACGCCGGUAUCGGUACUUCCCCAGGAGCCGCCGACUAAGCGCGUUUGGUAUCGUACGACGCUUUACAAUGCGUUCAUCAUUGGAGGUGUGGGCUUUAUGGCCCCGGGUCUAUGGAAUGCCAUGAACUCGUUGGGUGCUGGAGGAGCUGAAACGCCCUAUCUUGUUAAUGCAGCGAAUGCACUUGUUUUCGGACUGAUGGGUAUUCUGUGCUUGUUUGGUGGUCCGAUCGCCAAUCGUAUAGGAAUGAACUGGACUCUGCUGCUGGGCGCCGUUGGAUAUCCGGUUUAUUCUGCGGCUUUGUAUACAAACAACCGAUACGGGAACGAAUGGUUUGUACUCGUUGGAGCAGUCGCAUGUGGUCUCUCUGCUGGUCUUUUCUGGGCCUCCGAAGGCGCCGUGGCACUCGGCUAUCCCGAGCCCGCGAAAAGAGGACAAUACAUGAACAUUUGGCUCUGGUUCCGAACUGGUGGACCCAUGCUGGGCAGCGCCAUCGUUCUUGGUCUUAACCACUCCGCGGUAUCGAAGAGCAAGGGCAAAGUUGGAUCGGAAACUUAUCUCAUUUUCGUUGCCUUGCAAUGUCUUGCCGUUCCUCUAGCCAUCUUUCUUACUCGGCCAGAAAAGGUUCAACGCAGUGACGGAAGCAAAGUCAAAAUCGUCUUGCAAGACUCAUGGGGAGCUGAAAUGAAGGAAUUGUGGAGGCUUUCUCGUCGCAAGGAUAUCAUGCUUCUUCUUCCCGUAUUUUGGGCAUCGUAUUUCAAUCAGUAUGAAGGAAAUUUCGAGACUUAUUACUUUGGUGUUCGGGCACGAGCUUUGAUAGGCUUCGUUAGUUACCUUGGAACACUAGUUUCCUCUUGGAUCAUUAGUCGAUUUCUCGACUACAAGAAGCUUCCCGUGAAGAGCCGAAUCACAUACAGCUUUUUCUACGUGAUCAUUCUCCACAUUAUCGCCUGGGUCUAUGGAUGGGUCGUUCAAGAGAUGUACACAGCCAACCCGCCCUCGCUAGACUGGUCGGACAAGGGUUAUACUCGAGGACUGUUUGUGGUCAUUCUUUGGGAAUUCUCUCGACAAGCCCUGCAGAACUGGCUUUAUUAUCUCCUCGCCACAAAGACCGAUAACAUUUCUGAGCUUUCCCGUCUAUCUGGAAUUCUUCGCGGCCAAGAAAGCUUCUCCCAAGCAAUCUCGUUUGGGUUGAACACCAAGGAGUGGUAUGGAGGAAGAGUUCCGCUCGCCGUGAACACUAUUCUUUUGGGUCUUGCGGUGCUGCCUACUUGGUUAGUAGUCAAGGAUCACCAGCCUAUUGAGCACGAAAGCGGUGAUGAAUUCGAGAAACAGGGUGGCGGCGAUGAGGAAUACUCAAUUCAGAAUAUCGGAAAGGAAGGCCUUGUCGUUGGAGAGACGACGGUGGCUAAAUAG